UAGCGGAAGCGGAAACUCGGCCAUCUCCUCCUUGCUGCUACGUGCAGGCUAGCCCGGGGUCAGUCCCCUCCCCACGCUCCAAUUCGAAUCUUCCUCCUCGCGCCGUCUCGUCACCAAUGUGGCCCACGUUUUGGUUUUUCGUGUGACCGCGUCACACUCGGCCGCACUCCUCAUGCCGGACAUGCCCGCGCCGUUUCGCAGUCCUACUGGCCAACUAGCAUCGGCUAGCUUGCUAGCUAGCUAAUCUCUCCUAGCCGCAAGCUGCAAGUGAGUGAUACCUUUGACCACUCACCGUUCUCAUCUCCCGCCGGCUGUGAUUUUUGCUAUCCGAUGUUGCCCCGGAAAGAAAAAGGACACGGCCGUGAAUGAGCGGCAUCCUAGACUCAAAGUCCAGCGAGCGUAGCAAGAGGAGAAGCCCGAUUCUGCAUUAUUCUUGAGUAACAGAUCAAAUUGAGGAAUUGUGAGGUUUUGUCUCAUUUUGCCAUAGCAUUGACAACCCUAACCCUUGAUUACAAAAAUAUCCGUGUGAGAACGUCUCAAUUCCCCCCACCCAACUCCUCUUCAGAUCCCUACGCGGCUCGACGGCCCGCCGGUUGCCAUGUCGACCUCAUCGCUACGGCGGCAAGUGAAGAACAUUGUCCACAACUAUUCCGAGGCUGAAAUCAAGGUUCGGGAAGCGACGUCCAAUGACCCGUGGGGCCCCAGCAGCUCUCUGAUGUCCGAGAUCGCCGAUCUGACGUACAGUGUCGUGGCCUUCUCGGAAAUCAUGAGCAUGGUGUGGAAGCGCCUCAACGACCACGGCAAGAACUGGAGGCACGUGUACAAGGCCAUGACUCUCAUGGAAUAUCUGAUCAAGACGGGUUCCGAGCGGGUCGCCCAGCAGUGCCGAGAGAACAUUUACGCAGUGCAGACCCUGAAGGAUUUCCAGUACAUCGACAGGGAUGGCAAAGAUCAGGGCGUGAAUGUGCGCGAGAAAGCCAAACAGCUGGUGAUCCUGCUGAAAGAUGAAGAGCGACUAAGAGAGGAGAGGAUCCACGCCCUCAAAACCAAAGAGAAGAUGGCACAGACCUCCAGCGCUUCUUCGGCACCAUCUGCACCCAACCUGGGGGGCAGCCUGUCGCUGGGCUCCCACUCAGGCGGGGCAGACCCUGAGCAGGCGUGGCCGCAGAGCUCCGGAGAGGAGGACCUCCAGCUCCAGCUGGCUUUGGCCAUGAGUAAAGAAGAAGCUGAGCAGACUAGCAAGGACCCUCUGGAGGACGCCGAGAUGCACUAUGCACUGACACUCAGCAAAGAGAUGCUUCAAGAGGAAGAGCGACUUCGUAGAGGCGACGACUUGCGACUGCAGAUGGCCAUCGAGGAAAGCAAGAGGGAGAAAGCUAAGCCAGAAGAGAACUCUCUCCUGGAGCUGAGCGCCGUGGACCCCUGGGGGGCAACUGCCGCCGCCGCUCCCGCCCCCACCGUGGGUUCAGCCGGCCCCUCCCCUCCGCCAAGCCUUCCCAUCACCACUUCGGGCCCAUGGGGCGCGACCGCCACAGACCCGUGGGGGAUCGCCUCGCCCGCUUCCCCAACCGGCUCCGACCCCUGGGUCGGAGGGCCGCCGCCAACUAUAGCCCCUCCUCCGGACCCCUGGGGAGAGACGUCCAACAGCGUUCACAACGCGGACCCCUGGGCAAGCUCAGCCGUGACACCCCCCAGUGUCGACCCCUGGGGCCCCUCAGUGCCACCCAGCACUUCCUCCUCAGGGGGGCCGGUAGACCCCUGGGCGAAGGACGUGCCUGUCCCUGCCUCUGACCCAAUCACCUCCGACAUCUGGAGUGACUCCGCCAAACACACUAACGGCACAGGAGACCCUGAGCGACGAGGGUCCCCGGCCACAGGCUGCAACAGCACCGGCUCGCCCGAACCUUUUGACCUCACGGCCCUCGGCUCUUCCCUUCCUGUGCGCAAGACUCCCGAGUCCUUCCUCGGGCCCAACGCAUCUCUGGUUGAUCUCGACUCGCUGGUAUCGUCCAAACCCAAGCCCAAACAGCCGCCGCCUCCUUCCAUCUCCUCGUCGUCGGCGCACAACCCCUUCCUCCAGAACACAGGCUCCUCCCCGGUACCCGGCAUGGCCGUGACCCCAGGCAGCACCAUCUCCAGCCGCGGCGUCUCCCCCACCCCGACCUCGUCCAACCCUUUCGGCGUGGCUCCGCCCAUGAGCUCUAUCUCUCCUCAGCCCUCGUCGCUGGGCCUUAGUUGUCUUCGCGCCAGCCCUGUGCCUCCCAACCCCUUGCUGGGCAUGCAGGUCCCCGCCAUGGGCCUCAUGGGUGCCCCAGGCAUGGGCCUAGGUGUGAUGCAGGCCGGCCCCAUGGGCUACGGCGGGCUGUCCCCAAUGGCGCCACCCACUUCCGGCAUGAUAGGCCCAGGAGGGGUCGCGCCCCCUCAGCUGAUUUUGGGCGGGCCCGGCAGAGCAGGAGAAAUGAUGGGCGCGGGGGGUGCGGCGGGGGGAGCCGGGACAACGGGAGCCAGCACCAAUCCGUUUCUUCUUUGAGGACGUGUCGGCGCUCGCUCGCUGGAACCUCCUCCGUCGUAACCUGCUGCUCCCUUUUUAUUCAACACGCGCAAAUUUCCACUCGGCUAUACCGAAAAGAAAAUCACAUUUCUGUCCAAAAUGCAUUUCACACUCGUUUAUUACGCCACGUUCAUUUCAAGAGGGGUUAUUAUGGGGGUCCGGGGGGAAAGAGAGAUCUAUUUAUUUAGUCGUCUUUAUGAUCUGUGUGAAGCUCAUCUCUAACAUUUGCGCGCCGAGAGAGAGAGAGAAAAAAAAGCAGCCAAGGACAAAUAACAAAACAAAAGGUGAAAGAAACUCUUCCUCGACAAACUGAAUCUAUGAGAGGAAAAGCGCGCAUGAAGAAUUUUUUUUUUUUUUUUUCAAAAACUGCACAUGGACUGAAAAGAAAAACACAUUUCAGGUACAAUGUGGGUCAGAUCAUUUCAAUUAAUUUAAACCUAAUUUAUUUCAUCCACUUUUUUGGGAACAAUCAAGGAAAAUCAAAUGUGAUCAUGCCAUAUAUAAAUAAAUCCAAUGCUUAUUUUCCUUAAUUCCUAAUUGCUGUGGAAGCUCGAUCGGCUGACUGAUCCAAGACCCGUGUGUGGAAAAAAAAAUGUUGCGAGGGUGCCGGAUGAAGAACUUGCGCAAGUCUGAAAUAUUUCCGAUGCCUUUGUGUGUACGUUUUAAGCCGCCCUUGUUUUCGUUUCAUGUUCUGUCUUCUUUUAGUGAGUCGCUCACAAGUUCUAAUUUGCAUCCAUUUGUUUUGUUUUGGAAGACUAACCUGUAUUACUACUUUGCAUUGGCGGAAUUUCAAAUGAGUUGUUCUUAUUGCCGAUCUGAUUUCAUUUUUUUUUUCGAUAGUCUAACAUUUCAAUCCCGUUUCUCAAACGUUGCGGUGUUCUUUUUUCUGUUCAAAGACAGACAUUGAGAAAACAAAUGAGUGGAGGAGAUGAACAGAGACUUGACAACAUGCUCCAUGCUGGUCUUUUAAUUUACACAUUUUAUAUCGACAAGAAGGAAAAAAAAAAUCUUAUACUGGGUGAAUUUGCCUGUGAACGUUCACAUUUGACAAGUUAAAAGAAAGCUAUUAAUGAAAUUUAACAAAAGCCAACAGGAAGCAGGCGUCAUGGCUGGUUUCAUGCUUGUGCUGUACUUUCACGUCUUUAUCCUACUUGCAAUUUUUACUGCUGCAGAGUACAAUAAUGUGACAAGAAUAAAUGUAUAUUUUAUUUUCCUUGA